CGCGGCCUCCCCAGGCCCCGGUCCCGUUCCCGCUCCCGCUCCGGUUCCCGCUCCCGGCCCCGCUCCCGGUGCAGCCAUGGCGGACGUGACCGCCCGCAGCCUGCAGUAUGAGUACAAGGCGAAUUCCAACCUGGUGCUGCAAGCCGACCGCUCGCUGAUCGACCGCACGCGCCGGGACGAGCCCACGGGCGAGGUUCUGUCCCUGGUGGGGAAACUCGAGGGGACCCGAAUGGGGGACAAAGCCCAGAGGACCAAACCCCAAAUGCAGGAGGAGAGAAGAGCCAAGAGGAGGAAGCGGGAUGAGGACAGGCACGACAUCAACAAGAUGAAAGGUUACACCCUGCUGUCCGAGGGUAUCGAUGAGAUGGUCGGGAUCAUCUACAAACCCAAGACCAAGGAAACUCGGGAAACCUACGAGGUUCUGCUCAGCUUCAUCCAGGCGGCCCUGGGGGACCAGCCCCGGGAUAUCCUGUGCGGGGCGGCUGACGAGGUUCUGGCCGUGCUGAAGAACGAGAAGCUGCGGGACAAGGAGCGGCGCAAGGAGGUGGAGCUUCUGCUGGGCCCGGCCGACGACACGCGCUACCACGUGCUGGUCAACCUGGGCAAGAAAAUCACCGACUACGGCGGGGACAAGGACAUCCAGAACAUGGGUAGGGAAAAUUGGGAAUUCUGGGGAUUGAAUAUUCCAUUGGAAAUGUUUUUCCAGGAAGGGGACGAGGACAUUUAUGGAGAAGUUCGGGAUGAGGCUUCGGACGAUGACCUGGAAGGGGACGAGGCCGUGGUUCGCUGCACGCUCUCUGCCAACCUGGUGGCAGCAGGGGAGCUGAUGAGCUCCAAGAAGAAGGACCUGCACCCGCGGGACAUCGACGCCUUCUGGCUGCAGCGUCAGCUCAGCCGCUUCUACGACGACGCCAUCGUCUCCCAGAAAAAGGCGGAUGAGGUCCUGGAGAUCCUCAAGACCGCCAGCGACGACCGGGAAUGCGAGAACCAACUGGUGCUGCUGCUGGGCUUCAACACCUUCGACUUCAUCAAAGUCCUGCGGCAGCACCGGAUGAUGAUCCUGUACUGCACCUUGCUGGCCAGCGCGCAGAGCGAGGCGGAGAAGGAGCGGAUCAUGGGGAAGAUGGAGGCCGACCCCGAGCUCUCCAAGUUCCUCUACCAGCUCCACGAGACGGAGAAAGAGGAUCUGAUCCGGGAAGAACGCUCCCGGCGGGAACGCGUGCGGCAAUCCCGCAUGGACACCGACCUGGAAUCCAUGGAUCUAGACCAGGGAGGAGAGGCUCUGGCUCCCAGGCAGGUGCUGGAUUUGGAGGAUUUGGUGUUCUCCCAGGGCAGUCACUUCAUGGCCAACAAGCGCUGCCAGCUCCCGGACGGAUCAUUCCGGAGACAACGGAAAGGAUACGAGGAGGUUCACGUGCCCGCCCUCAAACCCAAACCCUUCGGAGCCGACGAGGUGAAUUCCCAA